AUGUUAUUGUUGCAGGAACACGCCAGGCCGCUCGGGGCGGUGUUGUGUGUCUCAAACAGCUCGGCGUAGCAAACAAGAAGUUCACCGUCGGACCUCAUCCGAAGUGUGUUAGCCAGUUAGCUGAUUCCGUGAAGGUCGUGAGUCAAACUUGUGAUCCAGCAUGUCUCUGCCGAAGCCGGUGAUGAGGGGGCUGCUGGCAAAGCGCCUGAGGUUUCAUCUACCGAUUGCCUUCGGUUUGUCUUUCCUGUUUGCGGCAGCCUUCAAGUACACGGUGGCGGAACCCAGGAAGCAAGCGUAUGCAGACUUCUACAAGCAGUACGACUCCGUCAAGGAGUUCAACGCCAUGAGGGAAGCGGGAAUCUUUGAGAGCGUGCGUCCUUCUGGAGAGUAAACCUGAUGUUUCCGGCCACUCAUUCCCGCUGUUAAGUUGUUGUUUCUCCCCUUUGGAUGUAAUAUACUGCUCUAAAAUAAAUGUACCUAUCAAACAAAA